UGGCCAUGGCGUUCUCGUCCUCGUUCUUCGCCGUCUGCCGACUCUUCCCCGCCCUCCCGCCGGCCCCGCGUCUUGUCUGUUUCCCCUGCCGGUGUUUGUUGGAUGCCAUAUGCUUGGCUUGUCACUGCGGGACUUUCCUUUUUGGCGAUCCAUACCUGUCCACGGCGCCGCUGCCGGCGCCGGCGACAGCGGGGGCCUCCCCUCCACGACAGAUCGGGAGUCGGGAAUUCUCCCCCUUCCUCUCUCAGAGAGUCAGGACUGGCUGGGCCAACAAACGAGACCGUAAUCGAAACCGUGUGGAUGCAGUCCGCGUGCACCCUCCCCGCACACUCUUGUGGAGCGUUGCCACCCCUGUCGGCGUGAACAGAAGAACCAGUGCCAGUAACGGCAACGAGUUGUUGUAAGAGAGAUGCCUCGGCGAGCCGGCUCCCGUCGCCGAGCGCCUUCUGUGGCUCUCGCCCGGACCAUUUCUAUCCAUUCUCUUCUCCUUUGCUCGCGUCCCUCGUGCAUUUUGCUUCCGCCGCUUUGUUUGUUGGAUUCUUUGCUCUUGCCUCACACCGUUUGAGAGUACGGGCUUCCAUGGCAUCGGCGUCUCUGUAGCAGACGCUUGACGAAACUGGCGGGACCGGAGCGGCGGACUCGGCCGAAUACAUCCCGCGGGGACGACGCCAUAAUGUCCGCGGACUCGGACGACGAAAAGCCCAAAGUCCAUGGACAGGAACAACAACACCAUCGGCAAUUCGACGAUGUAGAGCGCCCGCCGUCGGCCACGACCGACACGAGCACCGCUCAUGAAGGAGCUGGAUCCGAUGAGGAUGAGUAUGACGUUGAUUAUGCCGUGGAGCGGGACCUGGACAAGACCGACCACAUUGUCUCGGCCACGUUCCCCGGUGAGGCGGCCGGUGGCCGGACCACCGUCUGCGCCGGCCCUCCCGGACUCGACCACCACCACGGCCACCGCUCCGAUCCGACAGCUGCUCCGGACCCGGACUUUGAAGAAAAGGCUAUCGGGGAUAAUGCCGUCGUCCCACGACGCUCGGCGUCCCGCGCCUCGUCGGCGCGCUCGCGCCCCCUGACCAUUGUCCCCCGACACAGGCGCCGCGGGCUGUUUGGGCGCUUCACCAUCGUGCCUGAGGUCAAGCGACCGUACGACUACAAGAAUUCGACCAAAUGGGGCCUCACGGCGACUGUCGCUUUUGCCACCAUUGCCGCGCCACUCGGCUCCUCCAUCUUUUACCCCGCCCUUCCUGUCCUCACCCGGGAGCUUAACACGACGCAGACGGUGACCAACCUGUCGGUGGCCAUGUACAUGCUCGCUAUGUCAAUCUUCCCGCUGUGGUGGUCGUCCUUUUCCGAGCAGAUCGGUCGCCGCACCGUCUACCUCGUGUCCUUUGCCCUCUUCGUCGUCUUCUCCGUGCUGUGCGCCGUCAGCACGAGCGCCGCCAUGCUGGUCGUCUUCCGCGUCCUCACCGGCGGCGCCUCGGCCAGCGUUCAGGCCGUUGGCGCCGGCACCAUCGCCGAUAUCUGGGAGCCCCGGGAGCGCGGCCGCGCCAUGAGCAUGUUCUACCUCGGGCCCCUGCUCGGCCCCAUCAUCGCCCCGGUAGUCGGCGGCGUGCUCGCCCAGAAGCUCGGUUGGCAGGCGACGCAGUACUUUCUCGCCAUUUAUGGCGCUGUCAUCCUGCUCAUGCUGUUCUUCCUGCUGCCGGAGACGCUCGCGCGCCGACCUGGCGCCAACGACGUCGAUGGCGACGGCGACCAGCAGCAGCAGCAGCAGCAGCAGCAGGCCGCUGGCCAGGGAGCGCAGCUGCAACGCACGACGACGGCGCAGUCGGCCAAAAUCGAGACGCAGCGCGUCGCGCGGGCAGUCAAGCGCGUCGUCAUCGACCCGCUCAGCGUGCUGCUCUUCCUCCGUUUCCCGCCAGUGCUCAUCACGGUGCUGGUCGCGGCCAUAGCCUUUGGCGCGCUCUUCGUCGCCAAUAUCUCGAUCCAGCAGACCUUUUCGGAGCCGCCGUACAACUUUGCGCAGCUCAUCGUCGGCUUGCUGUAUGUGCCCCUGGGGCUGGGCUAUUUUUGCGCCUCUUUCUUCGGCGGCCGCUGGAUCGACAAUAUCAUGGCCCGCGAGGCGCGCAAGGCGAAUCGCUACGAUGCCGAUGGCAAGCUCAUUUACCUCCCCGAGGACCGCAUGCGCGAGAACAUGUGGAUCGCCAACACGGUGUACCCUCUCGGGCUGCUGCUGUUCGGGUGGACGCUGCGGUACGGCGUGUUUUGGUUCGUGCCGUCACUGGGGGGCUUCUUUUUUGGUGUGUCGUCGAUGCUGGUGUUUUCCGCUGCGACCACCAUGCUCACCGAGUUCGUUCACAAGCGCUCCUCGGCAGGCGUCGCCGUGAACAACUUUGUGCGCAACAUCCUCAGCUGCGUCGGCACCGUCGUCGCCGCGCCGUGGAUCAACGCCAUCGGCACGGGCUGGGUGUUCACUAUCAUCGCCAUAUUUUGCUUGGCGUCGGGGUAUUUCGGCAUCUGGAUCCUGCGUCGCAACGCUGCGCGCUGGAGAAGGGACAUGGACGAGGCGCUGAAGAAGAUGAAGUGAAGGGAGAUUUUCAGGCAUGGAAAGAUUGGUGCCUGGCCACCCCGGCCUUACCUCCGGAGUCCAGAGCGGGGGGAAGAAUUCUUGCAUUGUAUGCAUAUCCAGAUUAUUCAUGCAUAUAUAUAGAAUCGGCUGGCAAGUAGUUCG